CUCUAUCCCUCAAACACUUGUAUAAUAUUUGGCGUUGGCCUCCUUAUGCACAUACACGGCGAUUUAAAGGGACAACUCGGUUUCGAGUGGCUUGAGCACAGGCAACAAAGAGAAACAGAGAUGGCGGAUUGGGGGCCAGUUGUAAUAGCAGUGGUGCUAUUUGUGCUGUUGACGCCGGGGCUACUGUUCCAGCUGCCUGGCAAUAGCCGAGUGGUGGAAUUUGCAAACAUGCAGACCAGUGGGGUCUCCAUAUUAGUCCACACCAUCAUCUACUUCGGACUCAUCACCAUCUUCCUUAUUGCCAUUGGUGUUCAUAUCACCACAGGAUGAUUUUAUGCAUCUAUCAAUAACCCCCCCCCCCCCAAUCUCUUGUUUUGCUCUUCCUACUGCUUCUGUAUCAUUUUUUUUUUCAUCUUAAUUUGUUCAUGGACAAGGUAGUAAGAAGGAAAUGGUAUCAUCACCUGUUCAGUAA